CGUCUUCUAGAGCGAGCAAUCCGCCAUUAGAGCCCAUCAUAAUGUAUAGCAAAUUGGUAGUACUAUCAGCGUUAGUAGCAAUCAGUUUAGCUGCUCCACAGAAGCGAUUUACACCAGGAGGCCUUGAAUCGCAGGCGGUAAUUCUAUCCCAGGAUCAGAAUCUUGAACCGAAUGGAGCAUACAACUACCGGUACGAAACCAGCAAUGGAAUUUCGGCCCAGCAAACCAGCUAUGACGGUGCCAAUGGAGCGGGAGAAUAUUCCUACACUGGCCCGGAUGGAGUACAAUAUCGGGUAGUGUACAGUGCUGAUACCUAUGGAUUCCAACCGCAGGGAGCUCACCUUCCGGUUGAGCCCCCAGUACCGGACCACGUCCUGAAGGGACUGGAAGAUAUUCGUCGCAGCCCACCGAAGGACCCUGAAUUCAACCUUGCCUCUCUGGAUGCAACGAUUGCUCGACUCCGCAAUACCCUUGGUUAACUAAUUAAUCAACCAAAUAGCGAAACUCCUUGUCAUAUUCAGCAACCCAAAAAAAAAUGAAAAAAGAAUGCUUAUUGUUAUUUAAUUCUUUGUCAAUAAAUUAAAUCGCUUCCAACGUC